AAUGUUUUGGCACUUCACACAACAAAGUGUUUAAGAAACAAAUACUGGGCCUUCCCCUCAAUAGUUUGCGCGCCAAAAGGCGAAAGCUCAAAAUAUGAAACAUCCCGCCCUUAUCCCACAUCUCCCCCUUAAUCAACGACAUCCCAGGAACACAAAAACUGAGUCAUAGAGAAGAGAAAGAAAAACACCGAAGACCCAAAAAAUGCCUACCACAAUUUUUGUCGCCCUCCAAUGCUGCCAAUGCUCCACAAUGCAGGUGAAGCAGCGGAAGAAGAGCAGCAACAAGUGGACCUGCGUUGUUUGUAAUCAGAAGCAAUCAGUGCUUAAGGUCUUUGCUCAGGGUCCCAUGGCUAAAGACCUCCGUAAGUUCGUCCAGUCUUUCAAUAUGUCCCCCAAAUUCACCGAUCAAAACCAACCCUCUGAUCCUACGUUGGAGUAUGAUAAUAAUUCUGAAGAUGAUGAUGGUGGUGAUCCGAAGAAUCAGAGGAAGAGGCGCACCGAUUGGACUGAGUAUCUUGACCUGGAGGAUCAUCAUCACCACAGAUUAGUUUUACAGGAAGAGGAACAAGGUCACAUCUACUUUGAAAAAUUCACUAUACUGCCAUUAAUACUACCAUAUUUAUUUAUUUAUUUGUUUGUUUAUGGCGUAGGGGAUGAUUUGAAGCCAAAGAUUGUGACAGAGUUGCCGCCAAAGGAGCAGCUCAAGAGACCCAAAUUGAGGAACUAUGAGAUUGGGGAAGGUGGUAAUCAUCAACUUUAUAAACCAGUUUUCUCAAAGAGAAAUAGCAGAAAGGAUACUAUGCUCAUUUCACGACAUGAGAAGCCAAUGGGGCAGCAGCCAUCAAUGGGUGAAAUGGACACAAGUGCUUCAAAAUGGAGUGACAUUUCAAUUGGAAUAAGUGAAAAGUCCAUGAGGGAUUGCAAGCCAGCAACAGCUAAAGGGAAUUCCAAGUGGGAGGAUUACAUGACCGAAGAUGAGGGUGAGAGUUUCAGACUUUGCACUGGUCGGAGAAACUUUGCAGAUCAUAUGAACAAAUGGGGUGAUGCUGUUUUGGAGACAGAAUCAAAAUGUCAAAUGGUAGAAGAUGAUAUCCACCCUGAUUUCAUGUGA